AUGGUGUUAAAUAAAGGAGUAUUACCUCCAGGUUAUAAGUUUAUGCCAAGCGACAAACAAAUAAUUAAAGAUUAUCUGGUUAGAAAGGUCCAAAACACUCUCCCGGAUGUUAGUUGGUUUAUCUUGGAGAAAGACAUCUACAGGUAUUCAAAUCCGUUCCUCCUGUUUCAAGAGAUCCAGAGAAACCAAGGAUACUUUUUCACUCCCAUAACCAAAGUGAGUUCAUGUGGUAAGAAUGUGAAUCGAAAAACCGGAGAUGGAACAUGGAGUGGACAAAAACCAACAACCCUAAAAGAUGAUGAUAAAAAACCAAUUGGAACGAAAAGAAUGUACAACUUCGAAUGGAAUGUUCCCAAGGAAAAGAAACGUGAAGUUGAACGUGAGAAGGGUCACUGGAUCAUGCAUGAAUAUUCGUUGCUCCCCGAUUAUUACACAAACAACAAUAUAAAGGCGGAUCCCGACAAAGAGGCAACGAAAUCUCCCUCAACGGAUGCAGUGCCUGCUGUAGAGCCACCAGCUAACAAUAGAUCUUCAAUAUCAUGGGUUCCAUCACCACUGCCAGCAGAAACAUCUACAUCAAAAUUUGUGGAUUUAGAGGCAGCACCAGUUUUCAAUAACGUAGAAUCAUCAUCAGAUUGGGUUGCAUCAUCACCACCAGUUUUCAAUAACGUAGAAUCCCAUUUAAACAACGGAAAAUUAUCAGAAGCAUCUGCACCAGUUUUCAGUAACGCAGAAUUAUCAGAAUGGGUUCCAUCACAACCACCGGCAAUGAAGACAACGGAUCCUUAUGUGCCUGUGCCAGUACCACCUGCACCAACAAGUAUGCUUUCAGCCUCGAUGCCUGACUUUGAUGAAUUUGUCAAUGAUGAUGGAUGGGAGGAGUUCUUUUCCUUCGAUAAUAAUGGUUUACCAGCUGUUAAAGAUAGCCUUAACACUACUACUCCAGAUAAUAAUGAGUGGGAAAAUCUGGAUGAUCUGUUACCAACUUCUGAAGAUAAACUUAAUAGUAGUACUCCGCGGGAUAACAGCUAUACCUACUACGACUCGAGAAAGGUAUUAAAAGCAAGUGAUUCUGAAGCAGUGAAGAUUUCCAAGCUUGGAUGGGAUCCUGUUGCUUAUAAAGCAUAUUUCCCCAAUUUUGAACCCAUGUACUAA